ACAACUAUAUAAUGGUGGACUUUUAUUUGUGAAUGCUUAUUUUAAUGUUUCCUUGCAUCAAAUUUGUUAUUGUUAGUUAUUAAAUAAUUUUAUUCGGUCGGAGCAUUGAGUCCUCCUCCGUGGUCAGAGAGAGUGCAGUUGUUUACAUUUAAAAACAAAAACAAUGAUUUUUAUUUUCGGGGCACUCGCGCAUCGCUCACUUGAAACUAAAGAGCGCCCUCAAUAGCCGAGUUUAGGACAGCUUGAUAUUCGCGCGAUUGCCCAAAAUGGCUUCUCAAAGCAGUCAAGAAAGUGUUGCUUCUAGACAAGGAAAAGUCACCACAAUCGUCCCAGAAAGAUCGAGGGCAACAACAAGAAGAAGAUUAGCGAAGAGACAGACCACACUGAGAGCGUUUACAUUUGUCCGUGACUGGGAGGCAAGACAAUCGCCGUUAGCUCGGGUUUUUGAACAAAAGGAUGACGACGAUGCAGCUUCCUCCUCCCGUAGCUCAGUCACCAUCUCACCGUCUCCUCAAGUCCUUAGUCAGGCUUCUUCUCUGUCAUCAUCCGGUAGACCUAGAGUGAGCCCAGGUCCCAUCAUCAUUGCCAGUCCAUCUUUAAGAUCACGCCCAAGUUCUCAAAAGAAAACGUCCUCGCAUACUUCAUCCAACCUACAUCGUUCGUCUCGUCGUGGUGUGGUCUCAGAUGGGGGUCUUGCAACCUCCAUCCUGGGGCACACUCCAUCUGAUUCGAGCGCCGCUCCUGUAACCAGCCCUGAAGCAUCAGUCAUUCCCCCUGCAACUUCGACACCCGCAUCCAAUGAGGAUCCCAGCGUGUCACAUGAGGGCUCUUCACAGGGGGUCCCAUCCGCUUCGGUCGAAGGUCACGAUGAUAGUGCGGACCGUGAUGAAAGUGCCAUUCCGUCAGUCACUUUGAGUCCAGUGGUCAACGAUAGUCCGACCGUAGCGGCCGAUCAGACUGCCGAUUCUAGCCAAUCACAGAUGGGAAUUGCCAGCCCAGAUGUCACCGUGAAGGGUCGAAGGUCAACUGGUACACCUCUUAUGCAAUGGAGAAAUGAUCAGAGUCGAUUUCUAACACCAGGUGAAAAGUCAUUGAGCAUUAUCACAAAAACUCCAAAGAGUGGACCUGUGUCAAGACAAGGUGUAUCCAGAAGAAGAAAGCUAUCCCCACCACCAGAGGGCGACCAACAGCAGACUGCCACUGCUCCAGGAGCUAAGAAAGCUAAAGUUCGCCUGUGGUCUGGUAAUGGCCGCCGCCGCGUAGCAACGGAUGUAACCGAUUUAGACAUAGUGCUGAAUACACUGGAGCAGGUUACCGCUGAUUACAAAAAGAAGUUAGAAUCUUCUUCACAGAGACGAGCACUGACAAAGUUCUUCUACAUCAUGAAGAAGGAAUUAGUGGACAAGAUUGAUUUAAGCCAGGAGUAUAAGGUCUUGAAGAGCGCCCUCACACGGAUGACCGCUACAACCCGCAAACAGACGAAGAGAUUACUGUUGUUGCAACAAGAAAACGCUAGAUUGAACAGUCGCAUCAGGGAGCUAAAAAACAACUCCUCAUACAAGAAAGAUGAGGCAGUAGAGCUUCAUGAGAUCAGUACAUUCCUGACUGAUCUUCAGCAGCUUCAUCAAGACUUGGAUAAUACUGUCAGAGGAGACGAGACGGGAGAUGCUAAACCGGAGUUUAGCUCUCCGAAUAUCGGCCCUCUAUUGACCGAUGUGAAAGGUUCGUCGAGAUCAGCUUAUAGUCUAAGAUCUGUCAACAAUCAACUUGAGAAAUGGUUAGAGGCUCAUUGAAGGUUGCAGGCCAAUCAGAGACGAGUAGGCAGUUUGCCCGUCAUAUGUAAAGUAUAAAUAUUAUGAGAAAUAUUGUAUAGAAAUAUUAAUGGAUUUAAAGGUAAUAUACAGGACUGUAAGGGUAAUGAAAUUUGUUAAAGGACACCUUUGGUAAUUGUCAAAGACCAAUAUUCUCACUUGGUGCAUAAAAUAACAAACAGGU